AGAUUAAUAUUCCUGCUUACCUUUUUGAAGAGAUAUAAUGGCAAAAAGAAAAUCAUGGUCUUCUUCUCUACUUGCAAGUCGACUAAGUUCCAUGCAGAACUCUGUAGAUACAUUAAGAUUGAUUGCCUUGAAAUCCGUAGAGGUAUAGACCAGAGCAAAAGAACUUCUACCUUUUUCCAAUUUGUCAAGGCAGAGAAGGGCAUAUUGUUAUGUACUAACGUUGCUGCUCGUGGGCUUGAUAUUCCUCAUGUGGACUGGAUCGUGCAGUAUGAUCCCCCUGAUGACCCUACGGAAUAUAUUCAUAGGGUUUGA